AUGACUUUCGGUUCGUUGACUUUUUGCACGCUUUUGUUCAUUUCCUACCCUGCACCAGGGAACUUCAGCCCACCACGUUUGAUCGAGGGCCGCAUCGUAGGCGGCAAUGAGGUAUCGAUUGUACGCCACCCGCAUCAGAUAUCGUUGCGGCGGAGAACAUGCACCGAAUGCGCCUAUCUACAUGACUGCGGCGGCAGCAUAUUGAACGAGGAUACCAUACUGACAGCGGCACAUUGUGUUGUCAAUCGGCGUGUAAGCAAUUUGAUGGUAAUUGCUGGCACAAAUAAUCGCGCCGGUAGCGAUGGCACAGUAGCGCUCGUAAGCAAAGUGGUCACGCACGAACUGUACAAUGCCUCCAUAACGGAUUAUGACGUUGCGUUGCUACUUCUCACCACACCGCUGAAGUUCGAUCAUUUAUUUAUUGCACCUGUUGCAUUGGUGGCAGCUGCACCAACAGCGGGCGCAAAGGCAAAAGUCACUGGUUGGGGCACAGUUUCGGAAGGUGGUGUGUUGGCGAGCCGAUUGCAGGUGGUCAAUGUUUUCGUACAGGAUCAAGAGCAAUGCAUAGGUGCGUACGGAGCCCGUAUUACGGACGCUAUGCUGUGUGCAGGCGUGGUAGAAGGUGGCAAGGAUGCCUGCCAGAAGGAUUCGGGUGGUCCGCUGUUGGUGGAAGAUCAGCUGGCUGGCAUCACUUCUUGGGCUAUUGGUUGUGCACGUCCCGAAUAUCCUGGAGUCUAUGUCAACGUGUCUCAUGUGCGUGAGUGGAUCGUGUCAAAUGUGGCUGCUAAUUCGAUGUAUAAAUUGAAAUGA